AAGAAAAAGCAGGAAAAACGGAAGCAGACGAACGCGAGGGUCAGUGUUGCAGAGAACGUCGUCGCGUGUGGAUGUAGCGCUUCCUUUCUCUCGGAAUGGCAAACGAGACGACAGAACAAAUGGCUCAAAUGAGUUUAGGGGAGCUCUACACCUCGGAGAAGCAUGGCUCAGAUGAGACGGGGGAUGGUACUGCUGACCGUCCCUUGAAGACGGCCAUGCAGGCCAUGCGCAAGGCUGGCAAGGAGCCUUUCCCCACCAUCUAUGUUGACGCUAAAGAGGAAGGACAGAAAUACGAAGUGAUUGCGAAGAGUCAGUUGAAGAAGCUCACAAAACUCUGGAAAGAUGAGUGCAAAAAGAUUGAAGCUCGGCUCAAGAAAGAGAAGGAAGAUGCUGAGAAGAGGGCGAAGGCCAUUGAGGAAGCCAAGAAGGUCGUGAUCACAGAAGACAAGAGCCUGCCGGCCCCCACAUGCAUCAAGAUCCGCGACGGGAAGGAGCACAGAGGGAAACGUGUCAAAAUCAGGGGAUGGGUCCACAGGCUAAGGAGGCAAGGCAAAAACAUGAUGUUCAUCGUUCUGCGAGAUGGCUCAGGAUACCUACAGUCGGUGCUGACAGACCAGCUCUGCCAAACGUACGAAGCCAUCAUCCUCAACACAGAAAGCACUGUCACUCUCUAUGGCAUGCUGCAGGAGGUGCCAGAGGGGAAGGAGGCCCCAGGUGGACAUGAACUCCAGGUAGAUUACUGGGAGCUGGUGGGAGAGUCACCAGCUGGUGGUGCUGAGGCAGAGAUCAACCAGCUGUCCAACCCCGAUGUGCAGCUGGACAAGCGACACCUUAUGAUCCGCGGAGAGAACUGCUCUAAGGUGCUGCGGCUGCGUUCAAUCCUUAUGAAGGCCUUCGUAGACCACUACACAGACCGCGGCUAUGAGUGGAUAUCCCCCCCAACCUUGGUGCAGACGCAGUGUGAGGGUGGGUCCACACUCUUCGACUUCAAUUUCUUUGGGGAGAAAGCCUACCUCACCCAGUCCAGCCAGCUGUACCUCGAGACGUGCAUUCCCAGUUUCGGUGAUGUGUUCUGCAUUGAGCAGAGUUACCGAGCAGAGCAGUCACGUACCAGAAGGCAUUUGGCUUCUUACACUCACGUUGAGGCCGAGUGUCCCUUCAUCAGCUUUGAUGACCUCCUGGAUCGCAUUGAGGAUCUGGUGUGUGAUGUGGUGGACCGAGUGUUGAAACACCCAGUAGGCGGAGAGCUGAUGAAGGACCUCCACCCUGAGUUCGUGGCCCCUACUCGGCCCUUCCUCAGGAUGCCAUACAAAGACGCUAUCCAGUACCUUAAGGACAAUGGUAUCACCAAAGAGGACGGGACGCUGUACGAGUUUGGAGAGGACAUUCCCGAGAUGCCUGAGCGCAAGAUGACAGACAAGAUCGGCAGACCAAUCCUGCUGAACCGCUUCCCUGCGGGUAUCAAGGCCUUCUACAUGUCCCGCUGUGAGGAUGACAAGAGCCUCACUGAAUCUGUUGACUUGUUGAUGCCAGGUGUGGGAGAGAUUGUCGGAGGCUCAAUGAGGAUGCACGAUUACCAAGAACUCAUGGAUGCUUACAAGGCUAACGAAUUGGAUGCAAAGCCAUACUAUUGGUAUACUGAUCAGCGCCGGUAUGGGACCAGCCCCCACGGUGGUUAUGGACUGGGCUUGGAGCGCUUCCUUUGUUGGAUAGCCAACCGCUACCACAUACGAGAAGCCACACUUUACCCCAGAUUCGUCGGCCGUUGCACGCCUUAAGCAAAUAAUGAUUAAUAAAUAUAUUAUAACCACAGUGUGAAAGGAGUACUAGGGAUUUUUUCUUUCUUUCCUUUAAUGUACACACCAUUGUUGCUAGAGACACAUGGGGAGUCCAUCGACUGUUAUUUUCAAAGCUGUUUUAUAGCUUGCAGUUUUGUAUUUCUGAUUAAUGUGAGAUACAUUAAUGAAAUGGCCCUUUUAUAUUUAUGAAUAACAACACCAUACUUAUCUGUGAUUCGAGGAGGGGUGUGCCAGAGUAAUAAAUGGAGAGGGUGGGUUGGGGGGCUUUUUUCAUUGCUGAAUUUUCCUUAGAAAAUUUCAUCUGGCCUGAUUAAAUAAUUUGACUAUCAAAAAGCGUGCCUUUCUUUUCUUUUAUUUAAUCUAACAAAACAAUUGAUUCAGGUUAUUUAUCAUUUCUUUAUGAUAGUUUUAAAUGGUCUUCAUUUUUCAUAUGCAAUUCGUACUUGAUUUUAAAAGUUGCACCAAUUUAUACGCAGUAAUAAUUUUAAAGAGAGGGACAUGUUUAAGGCUUGCCCAGAAGAGCAGGCAUGAUUGGCGGGCAUGAGGAGGAGCACCAGUAGAAAUGCCAUUAGAGGUGGGCAAACUACUUAGUAAACAAGUCAUUUUCCCAUUGUUUUCUUGGCUCUGAUGUUACCAUUACAGCUGCCUGUUAUUGUGCCUGCUGAUCCUGGCUGCUUGUGGAAAGACUUUUUCACUUGUAUAGUAGUUUUACCAAAGCAUUAUUUAUGGAAGGUAAAUGAAGGCUUAAUGUAAUGAUAACUUAUUUUUAAGAAGUAAAUUAUCCUGUACUUUUCUCCACAUUGUUAUUUCAUAUGGGUAAAUCUAUGUUAAAUUGAAAAUACACAUCCAAAGACUU